AUGGAACAACGCAGUGUUAGCAUUCAAAAAAUAAUAUUUUUGGGAGCAGCUCGAGUUGGUAAAAGUACGAUCAUAAAAAUAUUGACUGGGAAGUACAAUUUUAAUAAUAAGGACUAUGAAAUGACUCAAGGUAUAGAACUGUAUGAUAAGACAUUAGAAAUUUGUGGACGUACCGUGAAUACAGUACUGGUAGAUACUGCUGGUCAUGAACUUUAUAAAUGGAUCGUUAAGUCAGUAUGCGACGAAAAUGCUUUUUAUGCUCUGUGUUUCGAUCUUACCAGUAAAGAUAGCCUUGAUAUUUUAAAGGCAUAUUUUGAAGAGCUGAGCAUUCAGAAAAGCAUACUGAUUGGUUGCAAGUUUGAUCUGCAAUCAAGACAUGCCAUUUCAUUGUCAGCUGCUGAAGCAUUUGCAAUAAAUAAUAACCUCAAGCUCCAUCUCACUUCAACGAUGACAACAACAACUGAAUUGGAAGAACUGUUCUACAACAGUAUCAUGGAUUACGCCACGGAUGUUUCAUAA